CAGGCAAUGAAUUCUGUUGUAUGAAUCCUAUAUAGAGGGCUGCGCUGCCUCCGGCACAAAAAAGGGAGAGAACUAUGGCCAAUUUUAAAGGACAUGCCCUACCGGGAAGCUUUUUCCUCAUAUUUGGCCUGUGGUGGUCGGUGAAGUACCCGCUGAAGUAUGCCUGCAGGAAAAAUAAGAAGAUUUGUUUCUUUGGGUCAAAAAUUGGAUUUCAGCGUGUGGAAAUCAUAGAAGGAGCAGUGAAGGCAAUCUUUGCUCUAAUAGGAAUUUUAGCAGAACAGUUUGUGCCAGAUGGGCCUCAUCUCCGAUUGUAUAACCAUGAGGAGAAGCAGUGGAGCCAUCUGAUGAACUGGCAGCACUCCACCAUGUACUUCUUCUACGGCAUCUCGGGUGUGGUGGAUAUCAUCACUCACACCACCAAAGCCGUUCCCGUAGCUAUGGACAGACUGAUGCUUGCCAUUGCCGUCUUCGUGGAAGGUUUCCUGUUUUAUUACCACGUUCACGGCAGACAGGAGCUAGACAUGCACAUUCACCUGCUCCUUUUGUUUGCUGUUUUUGGAGGAGCUCUGUGCAUUUUCCUGGAGGUCUUCUUUCGGGGUAAUAUUAUACUUGAACUGUUCAGGUCAAGCCUGUGUAUCCUACAAGGCAGCUGGUUCUGGCAGAUUGGAUUUGUGUUGUUUCCUCCUGGAGGUGGACCCGAGUGGAACCAGAAUGAUCAUGGUAACAUCAUGUUCAUUACAAUGUGCUACUGUUGGCACUACGCUUUUGCACUCCUGAUUGUUGGUGUGAAUUAUGGCAUUGUAACAUGGGUGGUGAACACAAAGUGGAAGUCUGCACAGCCCAUGGAGAUGGAAUUACUAAAGUCACGGCAGAGGGAUCAAGACUCCGAGGAUGAUAUAUAGUGAAUGCUGCUGCUCGCCCUAAGAAGCCUUACUGUUGUUGAAGAAUUUCAGACCAUAUCCCAUGUACUGUAUAAGACUAUAGAUCCAUAGGUCGCACACCAUAAAAAGUGACCAAAUAUGUACUGUCCACCUUCAUAUCUUUCAUUUCAUGGUAGGGAAGCACCAUCACCCAUUUUUGCAUAUCUGUCAGGCAGAGUGUUUUCUGUUCUUUAGAGCUCAUGGACAUAUUUAGGGCUCCAUUUUGUACAGAACCUGAAAAGGGCUGCCAUAGAGGUGCAUUGGGGCCCCUUAUGUACUGCCAUAUGAUUCCGAUUUCACACAGAAGCCUAUGGAGGUUUUUUCUGUUGGAUUCCAUACAUCUAAAGAAUACGUUUAUACGUAGGGCACCCCAAAUAGCCCUUGAGGCUGCACGUGGAGGCCAUUUACAGGCCCCAUGCCCUGUGCAUGCGCCCAUAAUGCGAGUAUUUUCAUAUGGCUACGGUAUAUUUGCACUCCACUGGAUGCCACAUACCAGAGCAGGAAUAUAGUGCCAUAUACGGCAACCAGUUCAGAACAGUACCGACUGCAAUGCGGUACAUACCAUAUUACGAGCUGCAAUUCACAUGGUCAUGUGCUUUGACCCAUCUCCCAUACUAACCAAGUAAAAGUGUCUGCUGCUGAUAAUUACAUUUGAUCCCAGAGGAAAAAAGGCAGACUUGACUGACGCCAUCCAUAUUGUACCCUGCGCCUCAUGCACACAGCAGUAUGGCAGCACAUGAGUCCCAUAGGGCUACAUACUGUGAAGCCGCAGGGAGUCCUCGUGCCCCUGUACAGUGCCCCAUGUACAGAGCUUUCCUAUUUGAGGGGAAUAGGUCCCCAUAUGAGCAAGCCAGGAUUUUGAAAUGGAAGUACACUAAAGAGCCCCAUCAGUACAACAGAAUACCCUGUAAGGGGCUACAGAGCCAUUUCUGCAGCACUUGGAGAUCAGGAACCAUUUGGUGUUGGUCAAUGUAAACCAUGCCUGUGAUUUAAAAGUCCAUGUUACUAAAGGGGUUUUCUAAGAUUUUUAAAAACGAGGUGUAGAGCAGGGGGCUGUGUAAAAUACAGGAAAAAUGACAUUACUUCUUUCGUUUUGUGACUGCUGCAGCCAAUCGCCGGCCCUGGCAAUCAUGUGUGCACGAAUGGCUUGUGAGCGCUCAGGCCAGUGGUUGGCAGCAGCAGUCACGUAAAUGGUGGAUGUGACACCAAUGCUGUGGCACCAGAAAGGCCCCGAGCGCAAUGUGGCAGGACAUUUAAAAGUAUGGGUUUAUUUCUUUAUUUUGUACUACCCCCUGCUCUAUGGCACUUUAAUACCUGGAUAUCUCCCUGCCCCCAUCCUCUGUGUAGUAUGAGCCUUGAUUUUGUAACUUGAUAUUUAUUUUAUAUGAUUCUUACCUAGACUGGACCAGGACCUUCAUAAUAUUCUAGUGAAUUUUAAGGCAUCACCUUCCAGAUCCGGAGACAUUCCAUCGGAUAGCUGUAUGUUUGCAUGUCAUGUAAUGAUCACUGUGUUUUAUAUAUAUAUAUAUAUAUAUAUCUACUGUAUCCUGCAGAACUGUAAAUUGUAUAGCUCUGUGAGCGCAUUAGAUAAAAGGUUUCAGUUACUAUGUUCAGUCAUUAUGUUGUUUGCACAGAUGACAGGAGGGCAGGGGGAUUUUUUAUUUUAUUUUAUUUUUUAUUUUUUUACAAUCUGUGGAUGUUAUCAAUAAAAUACAAAACCCGAACCCUUGCUGAAACCAUGCACCCCCCUCUGUCAUCUAAACCGGUGGCGAUAAUCCCAAUGUGCUGUGACCCAUGGCAAUACUCUGAUAAAUGAUGUAUUUAGCUGCUUGUGUAAGGCCUAGUUCACACGAACGUAUGGCUUUUAUAGUUUUUUGCGGUCCGUUUUUCACGGAUCCAUUGUUCUGUUUUUGAGUUCCGUUUCCUUUCCGUUUUUCCAUU